AUGUCAAAAGCUAUCUUCCUCACCAAGGUAGACGGUAAACCCGGCCAAGUCUACUACCCCCUCAAUGUCCAGACGCUCCCCAAGCCGACUCCACAGGGUCGCGAACUGCUGGUGAAGAUGACCGCCGCGUCGCUAAACCAUCGCGAUGUCUUUCUGCGUCAGCACCUGUAUCCCGGGAUCACAUUUGAUGUCCCAAUGGGCGCCGACGGUGUCGGAGUCGUCCUGGGGGCGGGUCCGGAGGUGUCAAACCCCGAGCGAUGGCAGGGAAAACGCGUCAUCUUGAACCCGGGAACGGGUUGGAAGGAUUCCCCAGACGGUCCGGAAGAUCCCAAGGGCUAUCGCAUUCUGGGCGGAACCAAGCACUACGAGAAGGGCACGAUGCAGGAGUAUCUGGUGGUCGACGAGUCUGAAGUAGAGGAGGUUCCGACUCACCUGUCCGAUGCAGAGGCGGCGGCGCUGCCGUUGACGGGGCUGACGGGGUGGAGGGCCUUGGUGGUGAAAGCUGGGGAGAGGAACACCGGCAAAGGCACAGCGGUCUUGCUCACGGGAAUUGGGGGAGGUGUAGCAUUGAUGUGUCUACGGUUCGCCGUGGCCAGGGGCGCCGAUGUCUACGUGACGAGUUCGAGCGAGGAGAAGAUCCAGAAGGCCGUGGAACUGGGCGCUCGUGGGGGUGUAAACUACAAGGAGGAGGCAUGGGAGAAGAAGCUCCUGAGCAUGCUCCCCGCGGGAAAAAGGGCCUUCGACGCCAUUAUCGAUGGUGCCGGUGGCGAUGCGGUCGAAAAGGCCGUCAAAUUACUCAAAGCCGGCGGUGUUCUCUCCGUCUAUGGAAUGACUGUUUCUCCAAAGAUGCCUUUCCUCAUGCAAGCGGUUCUCAAGAAUAUCGAUGUCCGCGGCUCGACCAUGGGUUCUCGCCAGGAAUUCAAGGAGAUGGUUGAGUUUGUCAAGGCAAACAAAAUCCACCCGGUGAUUUCACGCGUACUGCAGGCGGACCUAGGGGACAUCGCGGCGCUCGAUGGGCUGUUCGAAGACAUGAAGGAAGGCAGGCAGUUUGGCAAACUAGUUGUGGAGUUUGGGAAGGCGUCGGAAAGCAAGCUGUAG